UGUAGAGGGCGACAUAACACAUCUUUGCUGGAGACACAAAAAGUUCCAACAUGGCGUUUACAUUUGUCGCUCUUUGCUACUUGCUAGCCAUGAUAUUGGCUGCUGUUUUAAUUUUCUUUGCCAUUUUUCAUAUAAUCGCUUUUGAUGAGCUGAAAACGGACUACAAGAAUCCUAUAGAUCAGUGCAACAGCCUCAACCCGCUUGUACUUCCAGAGUACAUCAUCCACAUCUUCUACAAUGUUCUGUUCCUGAUUGCUGGACAGCUCUUCACUGUAGUCCUCAACCUCCCUCUUAUGGGAUAUCACAUUUACAGAUAUGCCAACCGGCCUGUGAUGAGUGGACCUGGUCUGUAUGAUGCUACCACCAUCAUGAAUGCAGACAUCCUAUCCAGAUGUAUGAGGGAAGGAUGGAUAAAGCUUGCCUUCUAUCUCCUAUCAUUCUUCUACUAUUUAUACAGUAUGAUCUACGUCCUUGUUUCAUCAUGAAGGGGACCGAGGAUGCACGGGCCACUUCUGGAUUAUAACCGAAAGGCAGCAAGGGCAUUGGAAUUUAGGUUCAGUUUAGAACAAACUAUUAAGAGGUACAUAAAGAGUGCUGUUUUCACAAUGGUUUUAUAAUGCAGUUCCUCAUCUAGGUGUAAGCAAUUCAUGGGAUGUAUUCUGUAUACCAUCAUCAUUACUAUAUUGUUUACUUUUGAUCAGCUCGUCAUUCAAAAUCAUUGUGCGGACAGUACUGAGUAUAGGUAGAGUCUUAGGGAAAGGGAUGGGUAGGAACAAUACAAUUACUGAAGAUAAAGGAAAAUAUUGGAACUGUAAAGUAAACAGCGACAAUGAUAUAUUCAUAUUGGGUUAGUAUUUUGCAUCGAAUUGUAUUUCUUGUCGUACUGAUAGAAGGUCAGUAGACCUUUGAAAGGUGCUUUAUUCAACAUAGCCCUUUUUGCGUCACGGUCUGAUUUGUCGUUCAUUAUUUUUUAUUCCAAUUAUUUUUAAAGUGAAAUAUACAUGAAUAGUAGUAGAGAUGUAAGUUAAGUACAUUGUCAGAUUGAUAUACAUUUUGAAAAUGUAGAUAUUUGCACCAAAAAAAGUAAAUGAAACAGUGUAUUGAUGUGUUGAAUUCCAAUUGUAGUUGUAGUUUUGUAAUGGUGACUUAUGUUUCUUGUAGCAAGAUUUGAUUUAAAAUUAGAAAUUCUGGAUGUGCCUUUCACUGCAGCAGGAGGGGGGGGGGGCAACUAAAAUAGUGUCUACGGUCAUGUAAAAUAAGAGCAAUUUUGUAGUUGUGCCGUCUACUUUAAAAAACAACCCGAGUAUUUAACAAGGAGUGAAAGCAUACACUUAGUUAACCCCAGACACAAAGAAAGAUGAAUAUUCACGAAUCUGAUUGAAAUUUAUUUUGAUUGAGAUUAUUCAAGACUAUUUCUAUUCUAAACUUCCAAGAAGAUAAAAGAUUUUGUAUGUGAAUCAUUUCUUACAGGAUUCUUUCCUUCUUCAUUUAUUCUCUCAUCUGAACAAGCAAAUAUUUCUCAUAUCAUGGUCAAUACUAAUAACUUGUCGUUGGUAAUUGUUACACAGGGCUGAACAAAUAAUGAUUAUACAUGAACCUCAGUCACACCGCCAAACCUACUCCAGACCGUCUCCAAACCAAUCAAUUCUUAGCCAUUCAGGUUAAUUCUGUUCAGUUCCAUGUCGGUCUAGUGUUGGUCUUGUUGAUGUGACUGAGGUAUAAAAGGCUGUUUGAAAAUUGGAAUAAAACUGGAUAGAUUCAUUUGUAAAAUUUGAUGUAGUACCUAAUUUUUUGGAGCUUGUGCUUAACAUUGAUUAAUGCAAAUCAUAUUUAUGCAAAUGAAGAAAGGAGAAUAUAAGCUGAAGUGCAUUUGUAACAAAAGUGUAUAUUUUUUCCACAGUGUACAGACUAUUAUACCUUGCACAUGCAUGGAUUUGAUCAAUAUCUGUUCAUCUUAUUGUGUGUGUUGUUUGUGAAAGGGUCUCUUGAUGUCACAUUGCUCAAUGGGAUUAGGCCCAUGUACUAAAUUUGGCCCAAUUAAAUAGGAAAGGGUUUAAUAUAUUAAAAAGAAAAAAUAGGUGAUUUGGUGUCAACUAACCAAAAAAGCAAAGUUAGGGGCAUAUUAUCUUGUUCUUUCUAUGUUGAAUCUAUUGAUUGUAUUAGUUAUGAUGGCAUAUUUAAUGAAUAUGGUGACAUACAUGUGCAAGUAUGCAUCAAAGUGUACUUCUUGCCACCCGCAUUUAAGGUCAAGAAUUCUAAAUUAAUCAAUCAUAUCUCCAAAUUAAUCGAUUAUAUCUUGUAUUUUAUUGAAUCAAAUGUACUUUAAGGUUUCAUAAAUAAUGCUGAUACUUUCACUAUAAUAUCUAGACAAAAAUCUUAUGUUUUACUCAGUUUGCUGUAAUUUCAGACAAAAUAUCUACAUGUAUUUGUAAUUUAGGAAAUAAAAUAACAAAAAAAGGUCUAUUGGUUGUCUGUGAUCAUCUUAAUAAUGAUUCUAUCGUAUUCUUUUUCAUAGGCGACAAAAGCUAUCGUGUCCAUGAUGUUGAAUGCCAGCAUCAUGUAUUGCAUUAUAGUAUAGCAAAAUCUUUUAGAUUUUUUUUGGAUGUAGGUGGUAAGGCAUAAAAAGGAAGUUUGUGUGAAUUUGGUAAAAGGAACCAUAUGAUCUAUACAUGUCAUACACUUUGGGCUGGGUUAAAUUACCAAGUUGUGACACUUUUUAUACUAGAUGAAAUAAUAGGAAGUAUAAACCUUGUAGAAUUUGAUAUUUGCAAAUCCAAUUGAUAAUGUUGGUGUCUGUUUCAGUGGGGGUGUAAUAAAACUUGUCAAGUGAUAUUGA